AGGGGGGGAUGGACCCCCAGAACUGGGGGGGACAGGGGAACCCCAGAGCUUUGGGGGCUCCUGGUGGCCUGAGUGACCCCAAUGCUCUGAGUGACCCCAAAACCCUCAGUGACCCCCACGCCCUGAGUGACCCCAAUAUCCCAGGCCACCCCAAUGCCCUGAUUGACCCCCACACCCUGAGUGACCCCAAAACCCUGAGUGACCCCCAUGCCCUGAGUGGCCCCAAUGCCCUGAUUGACCCCCACACCCUGAGUGACCCCAAAACUCUGAGUAACCCCCAUGCUCUGAGUGACCCCAAUGUCCCAGGCCCCCUCAACGCCCUGAGUGACCCCCACGGCCAGAGUGACCCCAAAACCCUGAGUGACCCCCACGCCCUGAGUGGCCCCCAUGGCCAGAGUGACCCCAAUGCUCUGAGUGACCCCCACGGCCAGAGUGACCCCAAAACCCUGAAUGACCCCCACGCCCUGAGUGACCCCAAUGCUCUGAAUGACCCCCAUGGCCUGAGUGACCCCAAUAUCCCAGGCCACCCCAAUGCUCUGAUUGACCCCCACGCCCUGAGUGGCCCCCACUCCCUGAGUGACCCCCACUCCCUGAGUGACCCCAAUGCUCUGAAUGACCCCCACGCCGCGGAGCCGCCCUGGGCCCGGGCUCUCUUCGUGCUGCCGGCCUUCGAGGUGCGGGCGCGGCGGCGGCCGCCGGGCUCCAAGGCGGAGCUGCUGCGGCUGUGGGCGGCGGGCGAGGCGCGCCCGUUCUACGCCGCGCUGUGCCCGCGCUGCCAGGCCCCCACCGACUUCGGCCGCUGGCGGGCGCUGCCCGCGGGACCCCGGCUGCGCGUGGCCUACGAGGCGGCCUGGAGGGACCCCUGGGAGCCGUUCUUUGUGGCCCCUGCCCACGGCGUGCCCCCCUUCGACGAGGGCUUCCUCCAGUACGGCUUCAACCGCAUCAGCCAGGCCUGCGAGCUGCACGUGGCCGGGUUCCGCUUCGCGGUGCUGGACGGGGCCUUCGUCACGCACCGGGGGCUGAAGGAGCCGGGCCGGUUCCACCGCAGCCGCGAGGCCGAGCUGGGCCAGAACCGGCGCCGCUUCCGCGCCUUCCGCCGGCGCCUGCGCCAGCGCUACCCCGGCUCCGCCCGCCGCUGCUGA